CCGUGGGGGGGGGUAUUUUCUCCGUGCGUUUCGUGACGCCACCACAACAAACCCGAGGGGCUGCCGUGACGUCACGCGGUGACGCGAUUUCCCACCUUCCCCCCCCUCACCCCCCCAUCUUGGGGCGCGAGGUGCCGGUGCCCGGGCGGGGGGCCGGGGGUGGUCCCGCAGUGCCCCCGCCGCGCCGGGAGGGGGCGCCGCACGCCGCGGCCGCUCGGGCGCCAUGAGCCUGGCGGAGGGGCGCGCCCCGCGCCGCACGGCCGGGAACCGCCUGUCGGGGCUGCUGGAGGCCGAGGAGGAGGAUGAGUUCUACCAGACCACCUACGGCGGCUUCACCGAGGAAUCGGGCGAUGACGAGUACCGGGGGGACCAGUCGGACAGCGACGACGAGGUGGACUCGGACUUCGACAUCGACGAGGGGGAAGAACCGACGAGCGACCAGGAGGAGACCGAGCCCAAGCGCCGCCGCCGCCUGGUCACCAAGGCCUACCGGGAGCCCCUCAAGAGCCUUCGCCCCAAGAAGCCCGACGUCCCCAGCGGCGCCUCCCAGAAACCCCGAGAGGUGAAAUCUGUCCCCUUGGAGCUGCAGGAUGAUGCGGGAGACAGUCGGAAGCACAUGCGGCAAUCGACGACGGAGCACACGCGGCAAACCUUCCUGCGCAUCCAGGAGCGGCAGGUCCAGUCCAAGAGAAAAAAGGGGGGUCCCAACUACGACCGGCCCCUGACCCAGGAGGAGCUGCUGGAGGAGGCCAAGAUCACCGAGGAGAUCAACCUCCGCUCCCUGGAGAACUACGAGCGCCUGGAAGCUGACAAGAAGAAGCAGGUCCAGAAGAAGAGGAAGUGCGUGGGGCCCGUGAUCCGGUACUGGUCGGUCACCAUGCCCCUGCUCCCGGAGCCGGGCAAGGAGGAGAACGUGGACGUGGAAGGGUUGGACCAAGACCCACAACAAACUGAAGCAGCUCCAGCCCCAGCCCCAGCUCCCGCCGGGAAAUGCUCCCGCACCUUCAUCUCCUUCAGCGACGACGAAACUUUCGAGCGUUUCUUCCCCAAAACGAAACCCCCGCGGCUGCCGGUGCGGGAGAUCUGCCCCGUCACCCACCGACCCGCCGUCUACCGGGACCCCAUCACCGACAUCCCCUACUCCAACAUCCGGGCCUUCAAGAUCAUCCGGGAGGCCUACAAGAAAUACAUCACGGCCCACGGGCUGCCCAGCGCCGCCGCCGCCGCCCUGGGGCUGCCACCCCCCCCCGGCCCCGACCCCAACCUCCGCCCCACCCGCCAGAAGAUCAUCAUCAAGCAGAGUGUCCCCCCCAGCUGAGCAGCACUGGGGGGGGGGGGGGCUCUUCCCAGCUCCCACAGGCAGCGGGUUUGUUGCUUCUAUUUAUCUCCUUCCUGCCUCUUUUGGUUUUUUUUUAUAUAAAAAGAGGAAUAAACCCGAGUUACCCCCGA